CCCGGUCAGGCCUCGACGGGGCCUACACGCUUCGUUCGCUCGCGCCUCCCGCCCCGCGCGCAGCCAUGGCGGAGCCCUCUCCCGCCCGACGCCCGGUGCCCCUUAUCGAGUCAGAGCUGUAUUUUCUCAUCGCCCGGUACCUAUCGGCGGGCCCGUGUCGGAGAGCGGCCCAGGUGCUGGUGCAGGAGCUGGAGCAGUAUCAGUUGUUGCCGAAGAGGUUGGAUUGGGAGGGCAAUGAGCACAACCGGAGCUACGAGGAAUUGGUCUUAUCCAAUAAACAUGUGGCUCCUGAUCAUCUGUUGCAAAUCUGUCAGCGGAUUGGUCCUAUUUUGGAUAAAGAAAUUCCACCCAGUAUUUCAAGAGUGACUUCUUUACUUGGUGCAGGAAGGCAGUCUUUGCUACGUACAGCAAAAGACUGCAGGCACACAGUUUGGAAGGGCUCUGCCUUUGCUGCUCUUCAUAGAGGAAGACCACCUGAAAUGCCUGUGAAUUAUGGCUCCCCACCAAAUCUUGUGGAGAUUCAUCGAGGAAAACAACUCACAGGGUGUUCCACUUUUAGCACAGCAUUUCCAGGAAUUAUGUAUCAGCAUUUAAAAAUGCACAGAAGGAUUCUUGGACAUCUAUCUGCUGUUUAUUGUGUAGCAUUUGAUAGAACAGGACAUAGAAUUUUCACAGGGUCAGAUGACUGCUUGGUAAAGAUUUGGUCAACACAUAAUGGCCGUUUAUUAUCCACAUUAAGAGGUCAUUCUGCAGAAAUUUCAGAUAUGGCAGUAAACUAUGAGAACACAAUGAUUGCUGCUGGGAGCUGUGAUAAAAUAAUUAGAGUAUGGUGCUUGAGAACUUGUGCCCCAGUUGCUGUGCUACAAGGACACACAGGAUCAAUUACUUCUUUACAGUUUAGUCCAAUGGCCAACGGCUUUCAAAGAUACAUGGUCUCUACUGGUGCUGAUGGAACAGUUUGUUUUUGGCAGUGGGAUUUAGGAUCCUUGAAAUUCAGUCCACGUCCACUGAAGUUCACUGAAAAACCCAGACCAGGUGUUCAAAUGCUUUGUUCUUCUUUUAGCGUGGGUGGUAUGUUUUUAGCCACAGGCAGUACUGAUCAUGUAAUCAGAAUGUACUUUUUGGGUUUUGAAGCACCUGAAAAAAUUGCGGAACUUGAAAGCCACACUGACAAAGUUGAUAGCAUCCAAUUCUGUAACAAUGGUGACAGGUUCUUAAGUGGUAGCAGAGAUGGCACUGCACGGAUCUGGAGAUUUGAGCAGCUAGAAUGGAGAAGUAUUUUAUUGGAUAUGGCUACCAGAAUGUCAGGGGAUUUAUCUUCAGAAGAGGAAAGGUUUAUAAAACCUAAAGUAACAAUGAUAGCUUGGAAUCAAGAUGAUAGCAUUGUUGUUACAGCUGUGAAUGAUCAUGUCCUCAAAGCAUGGAAUUCCUACACUGGACAAUUACUUCAUAACUUACUGGGACAUGCUGAUGAAGUAUUUGUUUUGGAGACACAUCCCUUUGAUUCCAGAAUUAUGUUAUCUGCAGGGCAUGAUGGCAGCAUAUUUAUAUGGGAUAUUACAAAAGGCACCAAGAUUAAACAUUACUUUAAUGUGAUUGAAGGACAAGGAUUUGGAGCUGUGUUUGACUGUAAGUUUUCACAGGAUGGACAGCAUUUUGCUUGUACAGAUUCACAUGGGCACCUUAUGAUAUUUGGUUUUGGCUGCAACAAACCAUAUGAAAAGAUUCCUGAUCAGAUGUUCUUCCAUACUGAUUAUCGACCACUGAUUAGAGAUUCUAAUAAUUAUGUCUUAGAUGAACAAACUCAGCAGGCUCCUCAUCUUAUGCCUCCACCAUUCUUGGUAGAUGUAGAUGGAAAUCCUCAUCCUACUAAAUAUCAGAGAUUAGUACCAGGUCGAGAAAAUUCUGCUGAUGAGCAUUUGGUUCCACAGCUAGGCUAUGUGGCAACAAGUGAUGGUGAGGUAAUUGAACAAGUCAUAAGCCUCCAAACCAAUGAUAAUGGUGAACGAAGCCCAGAGUCUAGUAUUCUGGAUGGAAUGAUAAGACAGUUGCAGCAGGAGCAAGAUCAGAGAAUGGGAGCAGAUCAGGACCCUGUUCCAAAUGGACUUCCAAGUGGGGAAGAAACACCCAGAAGAGGUUUUAGAAGACUAAGUUUAGAUAUUCAGUCUCCUCCAAAUAUUGGUCUACGUCGUAGUGGACAAGUUGAAGGUGUUCGUCAAAUGCAUCAAAAUGCCCCACGAAGUCAGAUUGCAACCGAACGUGAUCUGCAAGCUUGGAAACGAAGAGUGGUUGUACCAGAGGUACCACUAGCCAUAUUUAGGAAGCUGGAAGAUUUCAGAAUAGAGAAAGGUGAAGAGGAAAAAAGUCUUUACAUAAUUGGAAGAAAAAAGAAGACUCUUCAACUCUCCCCAAAGUCUGAUUCGGUAGUUUUGACAUCACAAUCUAGGCAGAGAACUUGUAGGCGUAAAUAUCCAAAUUACGGAAGAAGAAAUCUUGAACAGCUGGAGUCCUCUUCUGGAAAUGAAUCUUCAAGCUCUGCAAGAUGUGAGACAUCCUGUGAUCAGAGUGAAGGUUCGUGCUAUUCUGAAGAAGAAUGGAAAAGUGAUAGAAAAAGUGAAACUGACAGUGAAAGUUCAAGUGACUCUUCAUCUAGGUAUUCUGAUUGGACAGCUGAUGCAGGCAUCAAUUUGCAGCCGCCUCUACGGACAUCAUCUCGUCGACGAGUAACCCGGUUUUGCAGCAGUAGUUCAGAGGAUGAAAUGUCUACUGAAAAUUUAUCUCCUCCAAAAAGGAGAAGAAAGAGAAAGAAAGAGAGAAAGCCUAAAAGAGAGAAUUUGCAAGGGAUGACUCCGACAGAACUUGCAAACAUGGACCAUUUGUUUGAGUUUCAUCCUCCCAUUUGGAUAACUGACACCACACUUAGAAAGUCCCCUUUUGUUCCUCAAAUGGGUGAUGAGGUAAUAUAUUUUCGACAGGGUCAUGAAGCUUACAUUGAGGCAGUCAGAAGAAAUAACAUUUAUGAACUGAACCGUAAUAAGGAACCAUGGAGAAAAAUAGAUCUUAGGGAUCAAGAAUUGGUCAAGAUAGUUGGAAUACGAUAUGAGGUCGGACCCCCUACUCUCUGCUGCCUCAAAUUAGCAUUUAUAGAUCCAGCGACUGGAAAACUCAUGGACAAAUCUUUCUCUAUUAGAUAUCAUGAUAUGCCAGAUGUUAUUGAUUUUCUUGUAUUACGUCAAUUUUAUGAUGAAGCCAGACAGAGGAAUUGGCAAUCUUGUGACAGAUUCCGCUCUAUAAUUGAUGAUGCUUGGUGGUUUGGAACAGUGCUAAGUCAAGAGCCAUAUCAACCACAAUAUCCUGAUAGUCAUUUCCAGUGCUAUGUUGUUAGGUGGGACAAUACUGAAAUAGAGAAACUUAGCCCAUGGGACAUGGAACCAAUUCCUGAUAAUGUAAAUCCACCUGAAGAAUUAGGAGCUAGUAUAUCUGUCACUUCAAAUGAGCUAGAGAAAUUGCUCUAUAAGCCACAAAAUGGUGAAUGGGGUCAGAAAUCAAGAGAUGAAGAAUGUGAACGAAUUAUCAGGGGCAUAGAUCAACUCUUGAAUCUUGAUAUAGCAGCAGCUUUUGCGGGUCCAGUUGAUCUGUGUACCUACCCAAAGUACUGCACAGUAGUAGCUUAUCCAACUGAUCUUUACACAAUUCGAUUGAGGCUUGUAAAUCGAUAUUACAGGAGGCUGUCUGCAUUAGUUUGGGAAGUAAGAUGCAUUGAACAUAAUGCCAGAACAUUUAAUGAACCCGAGAGUGCAAUUGCAAGAUCAGCUAAGAAGAUAACUGACCAACUUUUAAAUUUUAUUAAGAAUCAAGACUGUUCAAAUAUCUCAGAGUUUACUAACACGUCUGAAAAUGAUGAGCAGAAUGCUGAGGAAUUGGAUGAUAGUGAUCUUCCUAAAACAUCUUCUGGGAGAAGGAGAGUGCAUGAUUGGAAAAAAAGCAGCAAAACAUCCAACUGUGUUGAAAACAACUGGAAGAAACAGUGUAAGGAACUAGUGAACUUAAUUUUUCAGUGUGAAGAUUCUGAACCAUUUAGACAACCUGUUGAUUUGGUUGACUAUCCAGACUAUCGAGAUAUUAUAGAUACGCCCAUGGAUUUUGGAACAGUAAGGGAAACACUGGAAGCAGGAAAUUAUGACAGCCCUUUGGAAUUUUGUAAAGAUAUUCGGUUGAUAUUUAGCAAUGCAAAAGCAUAUACGCCGAACAAGAGAUCAAAGAUUUACAGUAUGACUUUGAGAUUGUCUGCCUUGUUUGAGGAAAAAAUGAAGAAAAUUUCCUGUGAUUUUAAAAUUGGACAGAAAUUUAAUGCAAAACUUAGAAGAAGCCAGAGGUUCAAGAGGCGGCAAAAUUGUAACCGAGUGAAUCUGGCUAACAAAAGUAUCAGAAAUGUCAGGCAGAAGCGGGCAAAAUCUCAGACAAGAGUAAUUGCUGAGUUGGUAGAUUCUCCUACCCCGUCUACCUCAAGUAGGGCUGCUUAUUCUGCAAGCCACAAGAGAAGUGCUAGCAUCUCUUCAGCCAUUACUUCUGGUGACUCCUCAGAUUCAGCUGGAUCAUUGGAAAAAAGGAGAAGAAAUAGAACUGUAACACUCACCACAGGUUCUACAUUAUCUGAAAGUGAAAUGGAAGAAUCUUCAGCUACCUCUUUGUCAUCUUCAACUUCAGAUAGUUCAGAGGAAAGUAAAGACAGCACAAGAUCUCAUGAAUCCUCUUUACAUAGGGGGUUAUCCAGGGGCAGCAAUCUCAGGUUGACCAGAACUCGAGCUGCACAAAGGAAAACUGGUCCCAUCUCUUUAGAAAAUGGAUGUGGUAGAAAAGCCACUCGAAAGAGAAUCUAUUUGAGUGACUCUGAUAAUAAUCCAGUGCAGACUUCUGAAAUUAUAAAAUCUAGAACUGGAAAUCACCGUAAAGUCCUAAGAAAGUGUGCUGCUGUGGCUGCCAGUAAGAUAAAGCUAAUGAGUGAUGUCGAAGAGAAUUCCAGCUCUGAAAGUGUCUGCUCUGGGCGCAAGCUGCCUCACCGUGAUGCUUCUGCUGCAGCUAAAAAAAAGCUAUUACAUAAUUCUGAAGAUGAUCAGAGCUUAAAAUCAGAUAUUGAAGAAGAAGUAAAAACUCAACAAAAACCAUUACCAGUGUCCACUUUUCAUGUUGCCCGGAAAACAGUUCGGGAAUCUGAAAAUGGAGAUUCAGAGUCAGAAAGUGAUUUAAGAGUAGCCCGAAAAAAUUGGCAUGCUAAUGGUUACAAGUCUCAUACUCUGGCAACUUCUAAAACAACAUUUCUUAAAAUAGAGUCUUCUGAGGAAGAUUCUAAAAGCCAUGAUUCAGAUAACGUCCAUAAAAGAACUGCUCGCCCAUCAACAUCUGGGCAAAAACUAAAAGCAUCGGACAUCUCAGAGCAAGAUGAGGAAGCAGAUUUUGACUCAGGGAAAUGUGAGGGUAGGAAAUACAAUACACGUCACAAGGAUGCUACUUGCUUUAAAAAAGCAAAAAUCCUGAGUGAUUCAGAGGACUUUGAAUCUGAGGAUGAUGAUAGAGAAGGUGGAAGAAGUCACAAAGUGAAAACAAAUUUAAUUCCAGGGAAUUUGAAGUGUGAGUCUGUUGCUGGGGCCCAGUGUUCCUUGGAGCAUGUAUCUGAAACAGAUGUGGAUUCAGAUGAUGACAAAAGAAAAGAAAACUCUGACAAUUUUCGACAAGAUUCUACAUCACAAGACAAUGAGCACAGCCAGAAAGCUUCCAGGAAAAGGGUCUGUUCCAGUGAUUUGGAAAAUAACUCAAAGGUGAUUAAGAGAUCAUUACAAUUCAAAACAGGCUUUCCAAGAUUUCCUCGAAGAUGUACAACUUCAGCCUCCAAUAAGGUCAAGGUAAUGAGUGCUGAAGAUGUUAGUUUAAAAAGCACAUGUACUAGAAGCAAAAACGGAAGGAAAAAGCCCCCCUAUUCAACCUGUGCCACAACUAAGAAGAUGAGUAAUUCUGAGGGGAAUGUAAACUGUGAAGUGCCAAAUGAACAGUAUUCCUGUGAUGGUAAGCUACCAGAAGCUGAUUCGGAAGGUAGUACAAAAAGUGUUAGUCAAUCUUUUAAUGGAGACUCGGACUCGGAAAGUAAUUUGAAUUCAGAAUGGAAGACCAAGCAUAUCAAUAGUCACAAAACAAAUGCUGCACCUUCUAAAACAAAACAUUCUGUAACUAAGUCUUCAGAAGAAUGUUCAAAAAGCCAUAUUCCACAGAAUAAGAUUGGGCGAAAACGUUCUGCUGCUUCAACUUUGACGCCAAAAGCACCUGCAGAGAGUAACUUUGAAGAAGAACCAAAUUAUGGCUUGCGGAGGUGGAAUGGCAGAAGACUCAGGACCUAUGGGAAGGCUCCUUUUAGCAAGACAAAAGUGAUUCCUGAGUCUCAGCAAGCAGGAGAGAUGGAAAAUAAAAGGAAGAGACGGCACCCUGAGCAGGAAAAUGUUGACAUUUCAGAAACAACAGGAAGCUCAAACUUUAGACCUGAUACCAGUCCCAAGUCUGAUUCAGAUUUGGGAUCUGCAUCUGAAUCAGAUACUGAUUCUAGUAAUAAUAAAAAAACCAAAAAGAGAAAAACAAAAGGAAAAGCAAAAGUACUUAGAAAAGAAUAUGUUCCUAGAGACAGAGAACUCAAUACAAAAAUGAGAACAUGUAUGCAUAAUCAGAAGGAUGUAGUGCAAGUGCCUAGUGAAACUCUGAAAGCAAAUAUGGUACCUGAGAAGGUUCCCCGCAGAUGUGCUACUGUUGCUGCAAAUAAAAUAAAGCUAAUGAGUAAUGUAAAAGAAAUUAUUUCAGGACCAGAAAAUGGCUGGAUUAGGAAGAGUAGCAGGAAACUGCCCCAUCGAAAUGCUUCUGCUGUGGCUAAGAAAAAAUUACUGAAAGUUUAUAAAGAGGAUGAUACAAGCAUAAAUUCUGAAGUGAUAUAGCUAGAAGAUACUAAAAGCAAAAUGCUUUAAAAUUUUUUUAAGGUGGUUCAGAUUCUGGAAAG